AUGCAGUUUUUGGGAUCAGUGGGGAUAGUGUGUCCGACCGGAUGGGUUCACUUCGUUGUUUUUCAGCACUGCUGGGACAUUGUUGGGAGUAAUGUGAUUGAAGCCGUUGGAGACUUCUUCAGUGGAGCUUUUAUGCCCCGAAGCUUCACAGCGACCAUGAUCAUUCUCAUCCUGAAGAAGCUUAACCCGGUCACGUGGGGAGAUUUCAGACCGAUCAGCCUAUGCAAUGUUACGAACAAGAUCAUCACAAAGAUCCUCGCCUCGAGACUAGCACCAUUACUUCCCCUAGUCAUUGCAUCAAAUCAGAGUGGGUUCAACAAGGGCCGUCUGCUUAGUGACAAUGCUCUUCUGGCCCAAGAGUUGAUACAUGACCUGGGGAAAGAACUUUAG